GCCACGCCCCCCCAGCGCGCAGCGGAACCUCGGCGCGUGGUGCGCGGCGCCGGGCGGGCCCGGCAGUGCGGCGCACGAUGAGCACGAAGCAGGUGACGUGCAGGUAUUUCUUGCAGGGCGUGUGCCGAGAGGGCAGCAAGUGCCUCUUCUCCCAUGACCUGGCCACCAGCAAAUCCUCCACCAUCUGCAAGUACUACCAGAAGGGGCAGUGUGCCUACGGCUCCCGCUGCAGGUAUGACCACGUGAAGCUCCCUCCGGCGGGCGGAGCCGCGGCCCCGCCGCCCCCCGCGGCCCCGGGCAGCCCCCGGGCACGCCCCGAGCCCGGCCCCGCCGCCCCGCGCAGCAGGAGGGAGAAGAGGACGCUGGUGCUGCGGGACAGAAACCUGUGCGGCCCCAGCGAGGACACGCAGCGGCCCGGCGGGCCCGGGGCCGCGCUGUGCUGCGGCAGCCCCGGGGACAGCCAGGAGGACAAGCCCCACUCGUACCUGGAGGCCAUCUGCAGCGGGCUGCAGGAGCCGGGGCCCGGCGCCUGCCCCGGCGCCGCCGAGCAGCUGUGUCCCUACGCCGCCGCCGGCGCCUGCCACUUCGGGGAGCGCUGCCUCUACCUGCACGGGGAGCUCUGCGAGAUCUGCGGCCUCCAGGUGCUGCACCCCUUCGACCAGGAGCAGAGGAAGGCCCACGAGAUGAUGUGCAUGGCAACGUUCGAGCACGACAUGGAGAGGGCCUUUGCCAUCCAGGCCAGCCAGGACAAGGUGUGCAGCAUCUGCAUGGAGGUGGUGUAUGAGAAGCCCUCGGCCUCGGAGAGGAGGUUUGGGAUCCUGUCCAACUGCACCCACACGUACUGCCUGUCCUGCAUCCGCCAGUGGAGAUGUGCCAAGCAGUUUGAGAACCCCAUCAUCAAGUCCUGCCCCGAGUGCCGGGUGAUCUCUGAGUUUGUCAUCCCCAGCGUGUACUGGGUGGAAGAGCAGGAGAAGAAGAAUGAGCUGAUUGAAGCAUUUAAGCAGGGAGUGGGGAAAAAGCCCUGCAAGUACUUUGAGCAAGGCAAGGGAACGUGUCCCUUCGGAGGGAAGUGUCUGUACCUGCACGCCUAUCCCGACGGGACCCGAGCAGAGCCCGAGAAGCCCAGGAAGCAGCUGAGCUCCGAGGGCACAGUGCGGUUCUUCAAUUCCGUGCGCCUGUGGGACUUCAUCGAGGACAGGGAGAGCAGGAGCGCGCCCGACGCCGAGGUCACGGAGCUGGGGGAGCUGUUCAUGCACCUCUCUGGGGCUGAGGAGGAUCCCACUGCUGCCAGGGAGCACACUCAGCCCCUCUGAGCCCAGCAGUGCAGUGCUUCCCAGCCAUGCUUUUACUCUCUGAAGCACAGGUAGAACAAAACGUGCCCUGGUGGUUACUUGUGCAGUCCUGGUAAAGUUUUCAGAUAGUUUUUAUAUGGCAACAACAAAAAAAAGACUUAAAUAUAUUUAAAAGAAAAAAAAAAAAAUUGUCUGCAUGGAAAAAAAUCCCUUAAUCCCAGGAGGGUUUUCUCCCUCUCUGGCCUAACAUGCUGUCUUGUGAGCUGAGUGGUAGUGUAAGUACAGGUCCAGUGAAAGCUUAAGCUGGUAAAAACUUGCUGUUUAGAGCUUGGGUGCUUUUGGGUUUUUUCCUCCACUAAAUCAGCUAAAUGUUUAACUACAAAACCCACUGGGAAUAAUGGUCAGUGUAGGGUUUUCUCCUUAGAAAGGAGCUGGUACAUUAUACCUCAAGCAGUACCUGGAGUUCAGAGCAGUUUGGUGGAAUCCCUGAGCAGGGCCUGGCUCUCAGGUGCUGCCAGGGAGUUCCCAGCCCUGUUUCACACUAACCCAGUGCUGCAGGACAAACUGGACCUUGGGAGCUGCAGCACGAGCCGAGCUGUCCUCACAAACCCAGCCAGCUCUGCCCCACAGUCAGCAGUGGCCCUGCAGUAGCUCAGUGCCUCCAUUCCCCUUUUCCCCAGCACUGCUGGAGUGUGAGGGAUUGUGCACAUCUCUGCCGAGUUAACAGAAUUGUUACUGAAUUCUGCCUUUGUUAAAAAUGGGAUUUCUGUUGGUGUGGCAAAGGCAGUUCGAUUGUGAAAUUUGGUACCAGAAGUUAAUUCUGCCAAGCCAACUGUUUUAACUUGAAAUUUAAACCAAGAAUUCAGUGUGCACUGCAGUGGCUGCUGAGUAACAGCAUGGACACAGCUGAGCAUGAGCUGCCACUGACUCAGGUUCUUGUAAAUCACUUGGGGGUGGAGUGAGACACUGAGCAGGGCUUGUAAAUACAAAUAGAGAUGUGGGGUUUAUUUUAGAACAGUUUGGUUGCAAUGGAAGGCAGGUGUGUAACUGGUUUGGUUAUUAUCUACAGCAAUAUAAAAGUAUAAAAAUAAUACUUAAAAUUGAGUAAGAAAGGAAGGCCAGGAGCAGAAAGGUUUGUAAGGUUUGUAAUCACCACCCAUGACCAGUGAUGGUCACAGCAGGGUGGGAAAUGCUGAAGCAGGUGGUGCUCAGAGGGAGCUGGGCAGGAGGCUGUGCCAGGGGGGCACACGGGGCCCUCCCUGUGUGGGUCUGGUCCCUGCUGGGAGGGACCAGCAGCAGCCUUAAUCUGGGGCUCCACAGCUUCAGCUGCCACCAAAGCAGUGACUCCAGGAUUAUCCAGUGCUGUUGGCACUUCUGGGUCAGGAGCUCCUCCCUGUGCCAGCUGUGCCCUCUGUUCUGACCUGGAAAUUAAACUGUCCCCUCACUAUCCCCCUACAGGUGAUUUUUAGCUCCCUGCAGUCAGGCCUGGCCUUGGCAGUGGCUGUAACAUCAGUUCCCAGUUUCUUGGUAAAACUGGCCCAGCAAAGGUCUGAAGCCCCAUCAGUGCAAUUGGUCAGCCCUAACUACAAAGCAGAAGGUAAAUUAUCCCUAAGAGGGAUGUCACACACCAAGAUCAAUGUUUAAGGACACCCAAACACCCUUUCUACCCUAGAGUACUUUCCCCAGCCCUCACCCUCUCACUGAAGCUCAUUUCCAUCUGCUCCUGCACAUCAUUUUUUUCUCCAGAAACACUGUCAGGAGUACACUAAAAAAAAAAAAAAAUCAAUGAAGAGGAUCUUCUUUACCUGAAACAAGACAUUCCUCAUUUACUUUGCCCCAAGAAGCCAUGAGGGAUAGUCUGAAAUUAAAAAGAUACCUUGUUUUUCAAAGCUGCCCAGGGACUUAAAAUGUUCUUCACUCAGCACCUUUCAUUUAACUAGAUGUCAAGUGCUGGUUAAAAUAAACCCACUUAUCAAAAAUACUUAAUUUUUUCAAGAGACACAUGAUCUUUAAAAAUCAUGAGUUAAUGGUUUCUUUUGGGAAAUCAGAGUUAAAGCAGCUUACCUCUUCUGGGGGUUUUUUCUUCCAUGUUUUAAACUUACUAUAAUGAAGUGACAAUUAGAGAUAAAUAAUGUUUAGAGAGACUUGCAGUCCAAAUACCAGUGAUAUUGUUAAAAGCCUUGCAGAACUGUAUGGAGACUCAAUUCACCAUUCAGGAAGCAAAGCUUACAUGAAUUCUCAGUUAUCACCCAGGGAUUCAAGUUCUGUUACAGAAUGUUCUGGGGACAAACUGGAGGUGAUUUCUGUGUGUGGCUCUCCUCCCCUGCACAGGAGCUUUGUGGGGUUUUGCUGCUGCAGAGGAGAGGCUGCAGUGGCUGUUUGGGGGAGCUGCACAGGGGACAGUCACAGUUCCCACCAAGGCAGCAGAUCUGCCCAGCAGCUCUGGGGUGGAGGUGCCAGAGGGCACUGCCAGCCCCUGUUCCCACUCCCUGACCCCCCAGUCUGCACCCACAGAAAGGCACAGUCCCAAAGUGGGCUCCACUCGUGCGCCAAUAACCACAUUUCACAUUGAAAACAUCCAUUUUUAGAUUCACCCACCUCUUCCUUGUCCACCAUGGAGUUCAGCCAACACAAAAACCUCACUUGCACCUCAAUAAAAGAGAAAAUUGAGCCAAAGUGGUGCAGGGCAAGAGCCUGAGAGCACAUCAGGGGUGUGUCCAAAGCAGCUGCUGCUCAAAGAUCACUACAGUACAAAAAACUGUCUUGUCAUGUGACUGGAAAUGUAGAGGUUGUUUUAACAAGUGUGUUUUUACUUGCACUGCUAUUAUUUAUCACUUACUUUUUAAAAAUUAUUUAGAAUGUCAUUUCUUGAGUUUUCCAAAUGCAGAUGUCCUACUCUGAACCGUGGAUGACUACAUUAAAAUGAUGACAUUGAAUCUUAAA